AUGAAUGAGACGGCCCUGGGGGAGGCAUCAGUGAUCAGAAGCGGAAAAUUUGGGUCCCAGAGAGGAACUUUACCAGUAGUUGGUAACAGGAGCCCCAGAAUCCUGGUUCUUUCCCAGAUCUUUUUUCCCACUGUUUGCUCAGAAACUGGUUCCAGCUCCACCGUGGUCCGUCUGCCCGCUGGGGCUGAGCUGCCUCUUCUUUUCCAGGAGUGCUCGCCCUGCGCAGCCCACCGCUAUGAUGCUGAGAACCCGCGGACGGCCCUCCGGAACCUUCCCGACCUCUGCUCUGACUACUGCUCUGCAUUCCACUCUAACUGCCGCUCCGCAGUCUCCCUGCUCACCAAUGACCGCCGCCUCCAGGAAUCCCAUGAAAAGGAUGGCGCGCGCUUCUAAUGGCUCCUCAACCUUCCCGACAAGGACCACUGCUUCCCUAACGUCUUGAGGAGUGACCAUCUCAACCGCAACCUGGGGGUGGUGGCUGAGAACCCUCGGGGCUCUGUGGCCAGCGGGCUGAGGAACCCGGUCUCCAUGGUCCACGCUGGGGACGGCACCCGUCGCCUCUUCGUGGCCGAGCAGGUGGGGGUCUAUCUGCCUGAUGGGAGUCGCCUGGAGCAACCCUUCCUGGACCUCAAGAGCAUCGUGCUGAUCACUCCCUGGAUGGGGGAUGAGAGAGGCUUCCUGGGGUUGGCUUUUCAUCCCCAAUUCCACCGCAACCACAAGUUCUAUAUUUAUUAUUCAUGCCUGGGCAAGAAGAGGGUCGAAAAGAUUCGGAUUACUGAGAUGAAGCUUUCUCGGGCAGAUCCCAGCAAAGCUGAUCCCAAAUCGGAGAGGUUUUGCUUUUCAUCUAGUCGACUUAUGGCUUUGCAGGAAGAUAGAAAAACCAAGAAAUGGGAGAAACAGGACGUUUGCCUGGGCAGCACUGAGUCCUGUGCCUUCCCAGGGUUGAUCAGCACAUAUGGCAAAUUUAUCAUCUCCUUUGCUGAAGAUGAAGCAGGGGAGCUCUACUUCCUGGCCACCUCCUACCCAAGCGUCUACACACCGCAUGGAUCCAUUUACAAAUUUGUUGACCCAUCGAGGCGAGCACCUCCAGGCAAGCGCAAAUACAAGCCAGUGCCGGUGAAAACCAAGAGUAAGCGGGUCCAGUUCAGGCCACUUGCUAAAAUGGUCGUGGACUUGCUAAAGAAGAAGUCCGAGGAAGCUGCUAGAAAACUGUCCAAUGCAACUUUAGCUUCCAGUCCAGACCGGACCUCAUCUCAGAAAGGCUCAUCCAAGAAGCCGGCUUCUCCCACAGGCAGCAGGAAGACGUUUCCAAGGUCUGGUGCAAAGCAGAGAGCCAGAGCGUGGUCUCCAGGCCCCCAGGGGAAGAGGAGGAAGAGCCCGAGACGCCCCCGAGGCAGAGGCAGCCAGUCGGCACAGUGGAGGUGAGCUGGCAGAGGUGUCCCUCUGCCUCUUCAGUCACGGUGACAGGUCAGGGGACGAGUGCCCAGAGAACCACCUUGCCACGCGGAAGCUGCUACUGCUGAAGGUGACCUUAGAUGCAUGGGAAGCCGGGGGUGGAGGUGGGAACCGGCGGAGAGAGCUUGAUUUAGGCGGUACGGUUGUCCUGUCCACGGGAAUUUUUCCAUCUAAACGGAUGCUCCUUGUCUGCUUCUGCGGGGAGACCAAACCCCAUGUUGCCAGGGCACCUGGCUACUCAUGUGCACUAGUCUGUAAACCUGCUUGGAAUUCCACUAUGUGUUUAUGUUUUGCUUUGUAAAUGCCUGUGACCUAAGGUAGUAGAUCAACACUUGCUCCAAUAGACAAGCUUCUUUGAGCUCGGAGAGCCCCUCUAAAAUGGUCAUCUCCUUUGCCCCCUUUAAAUAUCAGGGUCUGAAUAAGGUUAGGUCCUGUUCUGUACCUCCAGUGCCUACUAUUUUGCCCUGGCAAAUAGCAUAAUAAACGUGACUACUUUUUGCAUACCUAUUCUGUGCUAAGUUUAUAUAUUAUAUUAUCUGAAACCUCAAAACCUUGCUUCUUAUGUGUUGCUACAUAACUUAUGUUGAAGGUGAGGGAAGUGAGGCUUGGUGAGGUUAAGCCAUGUGCCCUAGACCACAGCAGCCAGGGAGCAGGGAAUUGUUCAGCUGGACGUGAGCCAAUGCUCCUGUCAACCUCCGGUGAACUUGCCUCCCUGGAGGGGCCUCAAUGAGGGUUGGUAGCUUUUAACCAGGUAUUUGAAGAAUGAAAGGGCUAAGAGAGGAGAUGACCCCUGUCUUCAAGAAGUUCUCCAAAUUGUGCAAAGCGUC